ACCAAACUAGUUUGACAAGAGACAAGUACUUGACAUUCUUUUCUACGAGGGUAACUUGAAAUGACAGAAAAUUUGCUAUAUCAAGCUUAACUAAGUUUGAAACAUCUAUUCCUCCUCAAAAUAUUGAGGUCGCUCGAAAUUCCCAGACUUCAGAAUCAGCGCCACCGCCGAUAGCUAACUACUGCAAUUUCAAAACUAAGUUUUGAGGUUAGAUAAAGGCGGAUGGGCAAAUCAAAACAUUGGGCUAAUUGUCACAGAAUGUACUCGUUAGCUGACAAAAACAUUCCUUUUAAUAUCAGCAAACAGCAGCAAGAGAUGCAGCAGCAACAACAAGUGCAACAGCAACAGAUGCAGCAGGCGCAACAGAUGCAGCAAAGCCAGCAGCAGCCGCCACAACCUUUGGACAAUAUAUCAAAGAUCAAGUCCCUUGUGGGGCCCCUCAGAGAGACACUGGCGCUAACGAUUAAAACGGCAGCUCAGACCUUGAAUCAGAACAACCAGAUUGAUUCCGGGUCUCAGAAAACGCCCGACAUCCAAAUACCCAGAUUCGACAAGAAUCUGGAAGAAUUCUAUUCUAUUUGCGACCAAAUUGAGCUUCAUUUGAAAACCUCAAUUAAAUGCCUUUCCCAAGCUGAGAGCAGUAACCGCUAUUUAAAUCUCCCAGUAAUGCCGAACAGGAGCGAAACUAUUGGAAUGAAUGAAAACAGCUUAACGUAUCCUCAGUUUCUAGCCACUGUGGGCGCCCAAGUUUCCUACACCAAGGAGAUUCAUGAGACCCUGCUGGCUGCCGCCCAAAAUAUCUCACCUUCAGAAUGACCUUAUUUUUAUUAAUUAAUUGAAGUGUGUUAAUAAGCAAGGUAACUUGAAAUAUUCCUACCUAAGAACCUCAAUUGAGCUUAUUUAAUACAGCUCUACAGUCGAACAGUUUAGAAUGUAAUACGAAUUUGUGGAAUUUA